UUCCAACGGUCGUGAGAGGAAGCCACGUUCGCUGGGCUCUCUGGCGCGAGGUCCAUGUGGCACUUUCUUUGUCUCUGGUGGCAGCCUUAGUACUUUUUUAUUGAGAGUGAUGUCGGCAAUUUAACAUUUGUGGGUUGAAUUGUGCAUUGUGAUACGCUUUUUAGCGCUCUAUCGCUUAUUCUUUAUCGAGUUUCCAUGGAAAAGUACCAUAGAACUGAAUGCACAUGAUUGGAAACUGAUACGAGACAGGAAGUUGGUGAACCAGCAUCCCUACGCUUAUCAGUACAGGCGACCUCAAAGGAAACAGUUUCGACGAAGGUUUUCAUGUGGCAAAGAAGUUAGUGUUUAGUUGACAUAAUACCGCAGGCGAGAAGAGCGAGUGCUAGCAAGCGCCAAGUUUCAGCUCUGCAUCCCAAAGUGACUCAUUGAUUUUUGUCAGGGAAUGAGUGUGUAGUAAGCUCGGAGACGCACACACUCCCCUAGAUGGUAGACAGAUAACGAAAACUCGAGACCUGAUGGUUAACGCUCUGAGUCGAAAUCAAGCUCGACUCGUCGUCAUAACAGCAACACUCCUAAGGGGUUUAAGUAGAUUUGGUCAGUAUCUGGCCCUUAUAGGUUACCUUUUCUUCAGAGAAUUACUAGGCAGGUAGCCUGAAUAGUUUUGAAGGAAAUUUCGCUGCAUGAGCCUCAGAUUUCAUUCAUAUCGGAUGUCUGAGUCUUAGGGAAGAUUUUUCGCAAAGAAAUCCUGCCGAGUUCUUUGUUUACUGUGAUCACCUGUUUGCCAUCUUCCGCGCGCGCUGACCGUAGAGAGGAAGAGAGAAAGAGAGUUCAGAGAGUUACAACUAGCAUCUCGUAACACUUACACCUUCCAGUAUAUAUUUUACAUACACUGGGAGAACCACCUGUCCUGAGCCAAUAUUACGUAUACCCGGUUUCGACCUUUAAGCGAUAGUCUCCAGAGAUAAGAUUGUGCUACGUGAAAAGGUGCCGAAGGUAACGGCACAAUCACCGCACACAGCUGAUGACCAGCAUACACCGUAGUCUAAACUUGAAGAUCUUCCCGCUAGUAGUGAAAGCCACUCACUCGCAGUGAAAGUAUGUUCGCUCUCUGUCAAGUCGAUGCGCAUCCAUGAAGUACCAUUAACUGAAUAGCCAAUCAGAUUGAUAAAUCUGCUAGCUCAUAUUCCCAACUCGCACGAAGAAAGAGGAAGUGGUCAGUCAGUACAAGAAGCGAAGCGCUAACUCGCUAACCCUUGGUGGCGUAGAGAGAGAACCACAAACCGGUUCAACAAGCUCGUGACAAAACCCUGCCACCGCUACCGGUCUCUUCCACCCCCAGUCAUGACGGUCCCACAGCACGAAGUAUCUCCCAGGAAGGGGGACAUGGAAGACGAAGGCGAUGAGAGGCAGGAGGUCAAGACCAUUCCAACGCCCCCCGACGGAGGCUGGGGAUGGGUGGUCGUCUUCGCCUCCUUCAUGAUCCACGUCUUUGCUGAUGGCUUUACUUACACCUUCGGCAUCUACUUCGUCCACUUGCUGCAGUAUUACCAGUCCACGGCAGCAGCAACCUCCUGGAUCGCCUCCAUCCUCGUGGGCGUUACCCUCGGCACAGGUCCCAUCGCCGGCAUCCUGGUCAACAAAUUUGGAUGCCGCCUCGUGACCAUCGCCGGCGCCGUGUUGGCCUCGGCGUCGCUCUUCGUGUCCAUCUACGCCCCCAACGUCCAGACGCUCUACGUGACCAUCGGUUUGGGAGCAGGUCUCGGCUUCGGGUUGAUCUACCUGCCGGCGAUCGUGUGCGUGACGGGCUACUUCGAGAAGAGGAGGUCCUUCGCCACGGGCAUCGCGGUCUGCGGCUCGGGAAUUGGCACUUUCGCCUUCUCCCCCUUCGUGGAGUAUUUGAUCAAUGAACUCAGUUGGCAGAAUUCCCUGAUCAUAUUAGCGGGUCUAAUGCUUAAUUGUGUCGUGUUCGGAGCGCUCUUCAGGCCUCUUGAAGACAAUACUGUCCCCGAGACUUGUGAGAUGGACGCAGAAGACCCAACCAACAGAGAUUCCCUUGUGUUGAAUGACAUGCCCAGGAUACAGUUCACAAGUGAUAAUAGUGAGCUGAAGAAAAAUUUCAGUGAUGCCAACUUGGUUCUGCAAAGCCACACCCCAAGUAAUAUCCAGCGUAUUAGUUCUCAUGGCAACAUCAACCCCAUGCUUCAAAAUCUGAAAAAUGCUGAGGCUACAAGAAUGGCCGUCUCGCAACCAUUGUUGCCUGUGCCUGAGAAGCAAGGAUUUAUUUCUGCUGGCCUGGAUAGCACCCACAGCCAAGCACGGAAGAGUGGCAGCUUGCCCUCGUCCCACCAUGGCUCGGGUCUCUUGUACCGCAAAGACAUCUUCUACAGGGGUUCUUUGCUCAACAUCCAGGCAUACAAACAGAAUCCAAGCAGUUACAGGGCAUCUAUGGCCAGGCUCCCAGAUGCUGAGGAGACACCCAGCGAAGUGGAGAAGGCAAAGGUGUGUGGAUGUGUGCCGUGCUCUAGGGAGACAAGGGAUGCCAUGAAGAGCCUUAUGGACUGGGAGCUUCUUGUUGAUGGAAUCUUCAUCCUCUUUGCCUUCUCCAAUUUUUGCACGUCCAUUGGAUUCAAUGCCCCUUAUAUUUUCAUUGUGGAUCGUGCCCGACAUCUAGGCAUCUCUGACAAGGACUCCUCAUAUCUGUUGUCAGUUGUUGGCAUUUCUAAUACAGUGAGCCGUAUCUUGCUUGGUUAUAUUUCUGAUCAGCCUUGGGUCAAUCGCCUUUACCUCUACAAUAUAGCUCUCACCCUCUGUGGCAUUGGUACCUGCGCAAGCAUUUGGUUUUAUAGUUAUGCGUCCCAGAUCUUUUAUGCAAUAGUCUUCGGAUCCAUGUCUGGUGCAUAUGUUGGACUAACAUCUGUUGUGCUUGUGGAUCUGCUGGGAAUGGAGAGACUCACAAAUGCCUUUGGUCUUCUCCUUAUGUUCCAAGGCAUUGCUUCUAUUUUGGGCCCACCAAUUUGCGGUGUACUCUUUGAUAAGACUGGCUCCUAUGACUACAGCUUCCUUCUUGCUGGCAGUAUGAUAGCUAUUUCAGGACUGAUGUUGUUCUUCAUCCCAUGCAUUUGGAGAAUUCAAGCAAGGAAGCUCGCCAAACAAGUUAACUCCAACACAGUGCAGUAAAUAGCCAAAAUUCUGGAAAAAAAAUGGCAUAAACUAAAUGUGCUUAUAGAGGUUGAUGAUGAUGGCACAACUUGUCAAAGCUUGGAGGAAGCUCAUUGUGGUUUUGCAAAGCAGAUGGCUGUGUAGGAUAAAGUACUAAUGCACUACAUUUAACCAAGUGUGAAAGCUUCUAAAAGGAUUGAACAUCUGCUCUGCUUGAAUAUGAAAAUUACAGUGCCAUUGAGCAGUUUUUUUCAGACGUUUGUAUUUUCAUUUUCUUUUGUUUCAUUUUUAGAAUGAUUUUACAUUGUCUUAGAAAAUGAAUUUCAGUGUAUUCAUUAACACUAUUUGACAUCAGAUUCAUUGUAUCUCCUCAUUGGUAUUUCUUAAGCAGUCACUCAUAUUAAGCUUUCUUAAUCAGACUAUUAGAAGUAUUGGGACCAGAUUCUAUAUUUAGAUUUACAAAAUAAAAUCUUUGUUAGUAUAUAACUCAUUAAACAGAGACUGGCAUAUUUAGCCUCUUUAUGUGUGAUGUAGGACUAUCAAAAUAAAUGAUGGAAUUUUUGGUGCUAAUGUUAUGUCUUUGAGAUGUUUGUGAGAAUGCAAGACCCAUCAAGUUUGUAUACUCCUUGCAUAAUGCACUGGUACCUCUUUUUUUUUCUUUGUUUUAAAAUGUAACUGAUUGGUAUGUAAGUAAUUACUACCUUAAGUUGUCAAUCAUUCUAUGCUUGAGGGAAUCGGAAGAGACAGAUUGAUAACAAACUUAUUGUUCUGUAAUGUGGUCAGUGCAUCAACCAUAUAAUUUUCAUGACUGAACAGUGUAAUUGGGUAUAUAUUUGAUAACCAUUGAUAGCACAGCAUUUGAAUGAUGCUCCAUACAUAUUCCUUUCUUUUCUGCAAUUCAUAUGCCUCAUUAUGAACAUUGUUAGUGUUAGAUAGGGAUUGAUCAUUUACAAGAUAGGUUUUUGUGUACUUCAUAUAUUCAUGUAGGGCUUUCAUUACUUUCCCUUUCUGAAUAUGCUUUAUCUGUGUACUUAUUCUUUUUUAUAUUUAUUUAAUGUGUUUCCCUGACAGUGCAGGUCUAGCUUUUUAAAAAUCAUAAGAUUAGAUGCAAAAAAAAUGUUUUGCUUCAUUGGUGUGAAUGUAAAGGAAAAUGCUAUCUUUCUGUAGCAAUUACUUCAUUUCAAUAUUAAAAUGAAGGGCUUUCUUUUGUGUGAUACAUAUAUACAUAUAUUUUCUUCUUCCUGUUCAAGUGCUUUUAUAUCAAUUAGCCUUCAAAUGCCAAUAUUUAUUAUAGGGAAUUUAUAUGUCUGUUUGUAGUCUCACUUUCCUUAUCUCUUUCCUGUGUACCUUAUUUCUUUAACCCUUUACUGCUCAAGGGUGGGUCCAACUGGCAGAUACUUUGUUUUUUCUCAUUUCAGAAUAUUCUUACUGUAAAAUAUCUGUUUAAUUUCGAAACAUUUAUUUACCCUCAAUAUUUUACUUGUCUGGUAACUCUUUUUAUGUUUAUGCCAUUACAAAUGUCCUCUGGGGAAUACCUGACAUCUGAGAUAAUAUGAUAGUAUAUGUUGCCAAUGAAUUUUCCUUCUGGGUGGUAAAGUGUUAAGACUAUCAAGAUGUGAAGCAUAUUGAGUGAUUAAUGCAAAACAUGAUGUUCAUGUGUAAAAAUAAGGAUAUUGUCAUUUUUAGAUUUACUAACAUUUUACUAAUGUACAUACUGUAUCUGUGACACAAAGGCAUGCAUAAUGUGAAAAGAAGUGUAGGUAUUAUAGAAAAACAGUCAAACAGAAAAGAUGGUA